UUCAUACACUGAUCACAGUUUGACAAGAUCUCCGUCAAUCUGCUGUGACCUCUGACCUCCGAAAUCUUUACUGAUCGAUGCAGCUCAUCUUAAUGAUCAUCAGUUUAUGAUCACUUAAACAUGUUACAUCAUGUUUUAAUAACUAUGAGACAUUCAUAGAAUUGAACAUUUAAAGUAGGCUUGAAGUCAAAAUGAGGAAGUGAUGACAUACUAAGAAAGGGAAGUAGAUGCAGCGUCUCUUUAAAGAAGCACUACUGAAGAAACUCAGACAGUUAGGAGCGUGACAACGGGAGGACAGAGACGGAGAAUCACCAUGAACGAGCUCAAAUGGAUUCAAACUUCUUUACUUCUCACAGCGCUGCUUCAGUUUGCUGCAGCAGCAGCUGGAGAUAAAGAAGUCACAUUCAAAGCUUCACUUGGAGAGAACGCCACGUUGUCUUGUCAAACUCUGAUACAAGGUCAACAGAAGUGUGAAUAUACGACAUGGGCUUUGUUGAUGUUGAAUUAAAAAACAAGGAAGUAGUAGACCUGGUUGUAAAAGGUCAGGUUAAAAACUCUACAGUUAAAUCAGACAGACUGAGAGUUACAGAGGACUGUUCUCUGGUUAUAAAGAAGAUCACAGAGGAGGAUGCUGGACGUUAUGUCUGUCAACAGAUCAAAUCAGGAAGAAUAACAGGCGCUAAGACUCGAGUUCAUCUCUCUGUUAACAAGAGUGAGGACACCAAACCAGAACCAACAAGACCAACAACAACAAAAACAACAACUCCUGCAGGAGACUGGCGUUGGUGGUUGAUCCUCGUGGCUGUGGUGGUUUUUAUAGUUCUGUUAGUGGUCGUUGUGAAAGUCAUCAGAUGGAAAGGAAACAGAACGCAGAUGAGUGACGAUGUUGCUGAUCCUGAAGGCGGGGUUUCCUACGCCUCCAUCAGAUACAACAAGAAGGGGAAAAGAGGAGCUCGGGUUUGUGCUAAAGACGAUGCCGACGAUGGUUCAGUGACCUAUGCCUCCGUCAAAGCUUCUUCUUCUUCUUAAACCGUGUGCACGGAUUUGCAAUCUGCAGGCACACUUUCAGUUUAAGAAACCGUGCGCACUGUUUUGAAAUCUGUGUCCACCAUUUAGGAAUCUGUGCCCACAGAUUGUAAAUCAGUGUGCAUGGAUUUGCUGAAAUGAUCGACAGCUUUUAAUUUUUUGUCUCACCUGAGCCUUGCACAACAGAUACUGAUAGAUGUGUUUGUAUGAGACUUUGUGUUGUUAACUUUCAAGAGUUAUUGCUUUAAGAUGCUUUUUUUCUCCAACAGAUGGCGUUGUAAGGUCAGCACAAACACCUAGCAUUAUACCUCUGCAUGAAAUUUAAAUUUACGGAGACUCUGAAGUCCCAAAAGUACAAAAACUGAAAUCUUGUGUGAACACGAUAAUUAUAUAAAGGACUGGUAUUCAGAAAAACCUUUGACUACAUGCUAGUGUGUGUGAGCGCUGACUGUUUCUUCUCUUAAUCCUUGCACACAGGAUAUUCACUUGUGAGCACAACAUAGCAUCUUGUGCACAAGUUAGAUGAUAACUCAAGUGCACAAGAUAUUUUUUCCACUUUUUAGGACUUCAGGAGCUCCAUAUAAACCAGCUUUUAAAAUAAGUUUAUAUACGCAGCAGGCACUUUGAUGUGCAUGUGUUAAGUUGUAGUUAAAGAUUUUUCAACUUUUUUAUUAUUUCUGUACCUGUUGUCUUUUGACCUGCAUUCAUUUAAACAUCGAUAUCAUCACUGCUCAGAUCAUUCUGUAUGCUCUGAGUCACAUCCGAGAGUCUGUAGAAACCCAAAAAAGGUUAAAUCGACAGAGUGUGAACUUAAUGACAGAUAAAGGAAGAAGGAACCAGAAAGCAGAUGUGGUCUGCCCACAUUCAAGCAACAAGUGUUAUUUGUGCUUAAAAAAAGAAAAGAUUGGAAGUCACGUGGAUGCCAAGCAAGAUGGCUGCACAGUAAUUUAGCUCCGGUUAAUAGCCCUAAAACUUUGUUAAUUAGAACGUUUUUAUCCCACCUUUCUCAGUUAUAAUUGCGCCUGCAGUUAUAUACCCAUACGGAAAAGAAACAGAAAAAACAUGUAAAAUAUUUCAUUGCCUGCAAUAUGCAAUCUUUAUAUUUUACAUUUAUUGAAUGUCUUACAAGACUUGUGUGUCUCAUACUAUGAUUUACUCAUGAAAGUGGCCACUUUUGCAUUUUUCUCAUACAAUGUAAUUAUAUGAAUUAAGCAUACAUUAUGUAUGUAAUUUACACGUAAAAUGCAUUAAAAGAUGUUUUUUUCUUA